AUGCUUUUAAUGACCUAUGGAGUUUUGAUUUACAAAGAAAUAUAUGAAGCAGACUUUCAGCUUCAGAUGGAAUUUAUCCAGGUAAAGCCUAAUUUAGUUUCUAGAUAUAAUGGUGGAUCAUUUAUUUCAUCAAAAGAUUUUUAUUUAUAUAUAUUCGGAGGGAUGUCUGUAUCAGGACCAUUAAAUGAUUUAUGAAGGUUCCAAGUGGACGGAUUUUUGUGAACACAAAUAGUUACAUCGGGAGGCAUCCCAUCUCCAAGGCUAAAGUUUGGAUAUUGCUCAUUUACUCAAAAUAAUAUUUUAAAAUUCGCUGUUUUUGGAGGCUUGACUAUGAAAGGAGAUGAUAAUAAUCUUUUUUUGUAA